CUAAAUUGGUAAUUUAACAUCAUUUUCUAAAGUAUUAAUUUAUUUUCUUAUAUAUGCAAAAAGUCUCCUCCCAAGUCCCCAAAUUCCCACUUUUCUCUGACCCUCCUCUGUCUUCCCCUGUUCUUCUCCGGCACCGCCACCGCCACCGCCGCCGAGCCUCCUUCGUUCUCCGGCAGCAAUGGGGAAAGGCGGCGCUCUAAGCGAGAGCGUGGUGAAGAAAAUCCUGCUCUCCUACGCGUACGUGGGGAUAUGGAUCUUCCUCAGCUUCACAGUCAUCGUCUACAACAAAUUCAUCCUCGACAAAAAGAUGUACAAUUGGCCAUUCCCGAUCUCCCUCACCAUGAUCCACAUGGCCUUCUGCGCCUCCCUCGCCUUCCUCAUCAUCCGCGUCUUCAAGCUCGUGGAGCCCGUUUCCAUGUCCCGCGACCUCUACAUCUCCUCUGUUCUCCCCAUCGGCGCCCUCUACGCCUUCUCCCUCUGGCUCUCCAAUUCCGCCUACAUCUUCCUCUCCGUCUCCUUCAUCCAGAUGCUCAAGGCCCUCAUGCCCGUUGCUGUCUACUCCAUCGGCGUCCUCUUCAAAAAAGAGCCCUUCAAAUCCAACACUCUGUUCAAAAAAAUAAGCACAGAGAAAAAGAAAAAAAAAAAGGAAAAAGGGCAGAAUUUCAGUUGGCAAUGGCUUGUAUUAUUGAAUGUUGUUUUGUCCUUAGAUUUAUGUUUAUUAUGAUGUGAUAUUUUCUUGUUAAAGAAAAGUAUUGGAGAAAAACGAAAAA